AUGAGGCGACUCCAUACAUGGCUGCGAACAAUCUCAGUGAUUCUGUUCCUCAACAAGCAAGACUUGCUAGCAGAAAAAAUUAAGUCAGGCAAAACAAAACUAGAGGAUUACUUUCCUGAUUUUUCAAACUACAAAACUCCACCUGAUGCCUCGUCAGAUCCUGGUGAUGAUGCAGAGUUUAUCAGGGCCAAAUAUUUUAUACGAGAUGAAUUUCUGAGGAUCAGCACGGCAACGGGCACGACGGGAAGCACCACUCCUACCCGCCAUCACCUUGCGGUUGACACGAAGAACAUCCGCGCGGUCAACGACUGCCACGACAUCAUCCAAGCGAAGCACCUGCGCACCUACGCAGCUGUUGUGAUGCCCACUCGUCUGCAUGGUCCGUCCCAACGUCGACACCCUUUCGUUUAUGCGCCCCGCUUCUUUCCCCGAACGCCGGCGGCCACCGGCACGUGACAGCGCACGCCUGCCUACCUGCAGCUUGCCAGCACCGCGCACGCAUGCGGUCAGUGAGGGCUGCUCCCCGCGGAAACCCUGGCCGACGCAACGCCACGCACACAGUCACCACACACACACACACACACACGCACACACACACACACACACGCACGCACGCACGCACACACACACACACACGCACACACACACACACGCACGCACGCACGCACACACACACACACACACUGCGACAGACAUCUUGGAUUCGGGAGAUUCGCGUUGAAGUCACUUGAAGCGAGGAUCGUACGUGGCUGUCACUCGAGAGCCUCUGUGGUAUCCAGUGCUCGCUGCCGCUCUCCCACUGUCAGGCCGAAAAAGCCAAGCACACCCUGGAUGUAGCAGGAAGAAUUUAUCCUCGUGUUUACCUUCAUCUUAGUGAUGCCAAAUGUUGUACAUUAGCUUUACCUCCUUCAGUUCGGAUGUAUGGUUACUGUUUCUCUAAGAGAGUUGUUACAUGCAUAAAAUACCCAGCAGCAAAUCGGUAUUUUUUCCACGAAAUGUGCAUAUUUUAAUCGUUGUAUGACAAUGUUGAAAAGAGUUGAUGUGCAAUGUGGUAUGCAAUGCUGGUCAGAUAUCUGCAUAGUAUAAGGGACCACAUACUUCAUAUACAUACACUGUUUCAGUCACUGUCACAAGUUUAUUUAUUGACGUGUUUUAUAUCCCUGUGCUUUAUCAUCAACAGAAAUGGAACGAUUGUCCUGUUAACAGGUACUAGCUUGUUGUGCGUGCAAGCUCUGUAUCACAGACCUCUCUGUAGGUAUCUAAUCCUUAUGUCUCGUACCAGCAACUGGUGCCUAAUAAGUAUGGUAUUGCACUUGAUGAUGAGAUUCUACGGAUUUCGUAAAGAGAAUCUAUCAUUUGCAAUAUUCAGGUGGCUUCAGUGACGUCUAUGGCGCAGCGAAUCUCAAGAACAAACCCGUCGCGUUGAUUUAUGUUACGCUUGCUUGUUAUCACAAAUUCAGUAGCUGUGUGGAAAAGGUCAAGUCGAAACGUGUCACUUACUUACUAGCAGCCACCUUCUUAUGAAACGCCUCCUAUAUGAGACCGGAUAGGCAUCACACCUUGUGCAGGUGCCACGUACCUUCUCACGAAAAGUGUGAUGUAAGAAACGUGGUAUACAUCAAACGUGCAGUAGUAGCCACCUUUAGCCCACGUACUGCAUCGAGAGCAAUGGUAAGUGGUGUUGGCUAUUGACAACACACCGACUGCCUCUUGCGAGUGGUGCGUGGGUCAAUACCCUGAUAUUCAUCUAUUUCAAUGGAGGGUUGGCCUUCUAUUGAAUAGCAUGAAUGAGAGCUGCCAACGUACGGUUGCCAAAUGCCUGUUGCGCAGUUGUCCUGGCCUAUUCUAACCCGAACUCCAGCUUUUUCUUUCUUGCUUGAGACGACUACUGUGGUGAUGGGAGCCUAGAUAUGUCUAAUGAUAAAUUCAGAGACAUCGGUGAAGAAAGAAGAGGGUUAGCUUUCCUCCUGGCAACACUCACUGUUUUGCGUAGACUGCCGGUGUGUAUGAUGGAACCGUUUGCAGACAUGAGCACAAGUACUUCAGCAGUGAGGGCCACGCACAGGCAUUUGGAGCGUUUCAAUAAAACAUAAUGCUAAAUAAAUACGAAAUCUAUUUACUACCAAAGUCUUAA